GCCAUAGAAACAACAAUGGCGCCGGGGGCAACCGAGCCGCUCCUCGCCCCGCCGCGCCAGCAGCGCCGGCGCCGCGCAUGGGGACUCGCCGUAACGGCGGUCCUGGUCCUGCUACUGUUCCUGCUGUCCGCCUCCGGCCCUCUCCGUCCCAGACUGUUCAGCUCGUCGCCGGAGCGCGUCCCGCUCACCCUCCUCGCCGGCGCCAAGGAGAAAGGAGCAGUGUGCUUGGAUGGAACCCCGCCGGGGUACCACCUGCAGAGAGGCUCCGGCGACGGGGCCAACAAAUGGCUCGUCCAUCUAGAGGGAGGAGGCUGGUGCAGCACAAUCGAGGAUUGUUCGAACCGUAGAAUGACCGCGUUGGGCUCAUCCAAUUUCAUGAAGCCGAUACGGUUCGCUGCUGCCAUUCUCGACAGCGAUCAGCUGCAGAAUCCUGAUUUCUACAACUGGAACAAAGUCUAUGUAAGAUACUGCGAUGGAGCGUCAUUUUCUGGGGAUGCAGACGGUUGGGCGCAGGAUGGAAACACACUUUACUUCCGAGGAUUGAACAUCUAUGAAGCGGUUAUUCAUGAACUCAUGGAAAAAGGACUCUCCAAUGCUACACAGGCUCUACUUACAGGUUGCUCUGCUGGUGGUCUAGCCGCAAUACUGCAUUGUGAUGAUUUUAGCGCAAGAUUUUCUCAGGAGGUUGCAGUUAAAUGCCUUGCUGAUGCUGGAUUUUUUCUGGACGUAAAGGAUAUAUCUGGAGAGAGAUCCUUUUGGUCUGUCUAUGAUGGAGUUGUACAGCUCCAGAAUGUUAGAAAAGUCUUGCCCAAGGACUGCCUUGCAAACAAGGAGCCAACCGAGUGUUUCUUCCCAGCUGAGCUCAUAAAGUACAUCCGCACCUCCAUGUUUAUUCUCAACUCUGGAUAUGAUUCAUGGCAGAUACGAAACGUUAUUGUACCAGGCUCAUCUGCUCCUGAUAAUUCUUGGUUGAGUUGCAAGGACAACAUCCGGAACUGCACUUCCAAACAAAUUGAAGUUUUUGAUGAGUUUAGGAACACAAUGGUUAACAACUUGAAGCUCGUCGAAGAUAAGGAAGACUGGGGCAUCUUCAUCGAUUCAUGCUUCACUCACUGCCAAACACUCUCUCGCAUCUCUUGGAAUUCACCAACCUCCCCGAGGGUUGGAAAUAAGACCAUUGCAGAUGCUAUUGGAGAUUGGCACUCUGGAAGGAGCCAUGGAGAGAAAGAAAUUGAUUGCGAGUAUCCGUGCAAUCCAACAUGCAGCAGUCUGUUGCCCACAUGAUUUGUUACUGCAUUCGAGUAAUUCAGUUCUUCAAAUAAAAUUGGAUGAUUUGUUUCUACAUUGGACCUGUCGAGAUUACUAAGUGAAGAAUCAAGAAAAGGGGUAAUACCAACAAUCAUCAUUUUGUAUACUCCAUGGAAGUGAAAAUUGAGGAUCAUAUGGAAUGAUAAUAAAUAUGGUCUGAUGAAUGAAAAUUGCAUCGAGUGAA